ACAUAAUUGAAAAAAACUUUGGUUUUGUGGAAAAACCUAACCACAUGUAUUGGUUUAAAUAUUUGCCUAUUUGAGAACAAAUUGCUCUCCACUCCAAAAACAGAGAACAAGAGAGAUAAAAACAUAAACAAGAAAAUGAGUUUCUUAUUACUAAGUUUCCUCUUCCUUCUCUCUUUGUUCUUCUUUCAAAAGUUUUCACCUUCAAAAAGGAAUCUUCCUCCGGGACCUAUAGGGCUUCCCAUCGUAGGAAACUUGCACCAGCUUGGAAAAUUGCUUUACAAAUCUCUUCACAAUCUCUCCUUAAAACAUGGACCCGUGAUGCUUCUCCGUUUCGGUGUCGUCCCUGUGGUCGUGUUAUCCUCCAAGGAAGCAGCUAAAGAAGUCCUCAAGACUCAUGAUCUAGAGACUUGUAGCCGACCUAAGUUGGCCGGUUUGAAGUUGUUUAGUUACAACUUCAAAGACAUUGGGUUCACUCAGUAUGGUGAGGAAUGGCGAGAGAUUAAAAAGCUUGUUGGACUCGAGCUAUUUAGUCCCAAAAAUCAAAAGGUUUUGAAGUAUCUCAAAGAGGAAGAGAGUGACUUGCUGGUCAAGAAAUUAUCAAACUCUGCUCAAACAGAAACCCUGGUUGAUUUGAAGAAAGCUCUAUUCUCCUUCACGGCCGGGAUCAUAUUUAGACUCGCCUUUGGACAUAACUUCCAUGAGUGCGAGUUCAUAGAUAUGGAGGAAGUAGAAGAGAUGGUGAUGGAAUUAGAGAGCAACGUAGGCGCUUUGGCAUUCACUGACUUCUUCCCCACGGGUCUUGGAUGGCUUCUAGACCGGAUUUCUGGUCAGCAUUCAAGGAUGAACAAAGGCUUUUCCAAACUUACUAGUCUCUUCCAACAUGUGAUCGAUGAUCAUUUAAAGGUUUCACAACCUGAGGAAGACUCAGACCUCGUCAGUGCCAUGUUGAAUAUGGUUAAUAAACCCACCAAAACUGGUUCCUUAAAGAUCACUUCCGAUCAUCUCAGAGGAGUCAUGUCAGAUGUAUUUUUGGCGGGUGUGAAUGCGGGAGUAAUCACUAUGAUAUGGACAAUGACAGAGCUAAUCAGACAUCCGAGAGUGAUGAAGAAACUCCAAGAAGAGAUACGAACAACACUAGGAUCCAGCAAAGAAAGAAUCAGAGAAGAAGAUCUAGAGAAAGUUGAGUACAUGAAGCUGGUGAUCAAAGAAUCAUUCAGAUUACAUCCACCUGCUCCUCUCUUGCUCCCAAGACAAACAAUGUCGGCCAUCAAAAUCCAAGGCUACAACAUUCCUAAGAACACCAUGAUCCAAGUCAGCACAUACGCGAUAGGACGUGAUCCACAAUGUUGGAAUAGCCCUGAAGAGUUCAUUCCCGAGAGGUUUUUAAAUACAUCUAUCAACUACAAAGGUCAGCAUUUUGAGUUCUUGCCCUUUGGAGCUGGUCGUAGGAGCUGUCCCGGGAUGGCCUUGGGAAUGACCAUCGUCGAGCUUGGCCUUCUUAACCUUCUUUACUUCUUUGAUUGGAGUUUGCCCGAUGGAAUGAAAAUUGUAGACAUUGACAUGGACGAGGUCGGAUCUUUAAACAUCGCCAAGAAAGUGCCUCUCGAGCUCAUACCAAUUCUUUAUCGCUUCUAAACACACAAAUACAAUAAUAUAAUACGUAUACAUAAGAUUCGGAUUUUAAUAUAUAUUUUUUUCAUUUCGUUUUUGUUCGACGUUUAUCCUGGAUGACUUGUAUUUGAAGUAAUUAUAUAUUUAUGUUCAUAAUUAAUAUGCUUA